UUUCCAAAGCGUAAUUCUCUCCGAGACUGGAUCGGUCAUGAGUGGCAAGGGCGUGCAGAAGCAGCGGCAGAAGCGCAAGUCGCUGGCCGAGGACUAUGGCGGAUCGGUGGGUGAAGAUCUGCUUGAGUACAUGGAGAACGAAGAGGCGCCAGGUGGCGUGCAGCAGUCGGUGGACAGCGUCGGCGCCUCCAGCAACUUAUCGCGUCGCAUCCAGAACCGUCUUCAGAAACUCAACGAGGUGGCGCAGUCCGCAGGCGGAGACGGUGAGGCUUCCGGUUACUAUGAUUUUUCCACACUCGACAUGAAGCCCGACCACGAAGCGCGGCCUGUGUGGGUCUGUCCCAAUGGCCGCAUCUUCCUGGAGGCCUUCUCGCCCAUCUACAAACAGGCCUACGACUUCCUCGUGGCCAUCUCCGAGCCAGUCUCCCGUCCAGAAUUCCUACACGAAUAUAAACUCACUCCUUACUCCUUAUACGCCGCUGUCUCGGUGGCUAUCGAGACCGAGAGCAUCCUUAAAGUACUAGAAAGACUGUCCAAGAACCGCCUUCCCGAGGGCAUCGUCGCCUUCAUUAAGGACUGCACACUCAGCUACGGCAAGGCCAAACUUGUGCUGCAUCACAACGAGUUCUACGUCGAGAGUUUGUACCCGGAAGUGCUGCGUAAACUGCUGGAACACGAGCACAUUCGAGCUGCGCGCGUGAAGGAGACAGCAGAAGAUAUCGCAGCCAACGCUUCGUCCACCACUGCGCCGCCCGUAGCACCUGGUGGAACACGACCAGAAGAUUCCAAUGAGUUCAUCCAGAAGGACGUGUCAGCUGAAGACCAGGCCAAUCUCCAGUAUCAGAGGCUGCUGAACGAAGACUACAACGUGGCGGACGAAAACCACCCUGGAAAAACAUCAGGCGACCAACAAAAGACUGUGCGUACAGUGUCGUUCAAGAUCCGGAAGACGAUGGUGGAGCAGGUCAAGCGUGCGUGUCUGGAUCUCGACUAUCCGCUUAUGGAGGAGUACGACUUCCGUAAUGACAAGACCAUUCCGGACUUGGAGAUGGAUCUCAAGCCCACGACGCGUAUCCGUGAGUAUCAGGAGAAAUCCCUGAGUAAAAUGUUCGGUAAUGGCCGUGCGCGAUCGGGUAUUAUCGUGCUGCCGUGUGGAGCUGGCAAGACGCUGACAGGCGUGACUGCAGCUUCUACUAUCAAGAAAUCGUGUUUGUGUCUCUGUACGUCUGCUGUGUCAGUGGAACAAUGGACAGCGCAGUUCAAGAUGUGGACGAAUAUUCCCGAGAAGAAGAUCGCACGUUUUACUUCAGUGGCUAAGGACUACAUUGAUCCAGACUCUGGAGUGAUCGUGACCACGUACACAAUGGUUGCCUUCGGUGGACGUCGAGCUCGUGCGUCAGAGGAGGUCAUGCAACUCAUCCAAGGCCGCGAGUGGGGAUGCAUCCUGCUGGAUGAGGUGCACGUGGUGCCCGCAAAGAUGUUCCGCAAGGUCAUUGGCUCUAUCGCUUGUCACUGCAAGCUCGGUCUAACCGCGACUCUGGUGCGCGAGGACGAUUUGAUUGGCGACUUGAACUUUUUGAUCGGCCCGAAGUUGUACGAAGCCAACUGGAUGGAUCUGACUCAGAGCGGAUUCCUCGCCAAUGUCUCAUGUGUGGAAGUAUGGUGUCCCAUGGCUGGCGAGUUCUACCGCGAGUAUCUGCGUGAGACCAAGAGCGCACGUAAACGCGCACUGCUGUAUGUGGCUAACCCGAAUAAGUUCACAGCGGCUGAGUUUUUAAUCCAGUACCACGAGGAGCGAGGUGACAAGAUUCUGCUCUUCUCGGACGAUGUGUUCGCUCUGCGUUUGUAUGCGACGAAGCUCAAUAAGGGCUACAUAUACGGCGGUACUGGAGAGCGCGAACGUAUGCGCUUGCUGCAGUCUUUCCGAAGCUCGCCUUUGGUCAACGUCAUUUGCAUCUCGAAGGUUGGUGACACCUCGAUCGAUCUGCCCGAGGCGAAUGUGAUUAUUCAAGUGUCGUCGCACUUUGGCUCGCGACGACAAGAGGCCCAGCGUCUCGGCCGUAUUCUGCGUCCCAAGGCUAAUGCUACCGGUGGGUUUAACGCCUUCUUCUACACAUUGAUCUCUACGGACACACACGAGAUGUUCUACUCAAACAAACGCCAGCAGUACCUCGUGGACCAGGGCUAUACGUUCAAGGUGGUAACUGAUCUCUUCGAGCCGGGGUCGUUCCAGGGCGUGUUUACGCGCAAGGAGGACCAGCGAGCGUUGCUCAACGAGGUGCUGAGUGCUGAUGUGGAAAGCGCCGCCAAGGAUGAAAAUGCAGCCAUCCGCGACGACGAGGAUCUGUCGCGUCUUGAGCUGUCGGGUCAUGGUCGCAAGAAGAAGAAAUUGUCGUCGCUCGGAGCUCUCUCCGGUGCUGACGGCACAAAGUACAUGGAAUACUCGGCUGGCCACGGGGCCAAGCAGCGCCACAACCUCUUCCGCGACAGAUAUCGUUAAAUGGUGCGCACACGCACUGAGGCGUUGAUAAAUCGCAUUCUCCAGUGUAAUUACACAGAUACUUAAGUGCACAGAUUCCGCUCCCACUUCUGAUACUUUAAUACCACUGUAGGAAUGGAAUGGUUCAGAGGUCCUCUAUUUAUAUUUUAGUAACUACAAUAGAGUCCUUGCCGCUGUUAAUACGGGUACUACCUGAAAACCGA